GCGCUGUAACUACUUAAAAACGACCACUAAUUGCUACACUGUAUGACGCAUGCGCAGGACUGGCUACAAAACGUCUCAUGGCAUGCCAUUGGUUCCCAUGGCUACGUCCAUACUACCGUACUAAAUAGUAUGUCACCGCCGCUAGGGGCCGCAGUAUUGUGGCUUUACUAUUUAGGAGGCUAGUAUGCAUGUGGCCCGCAGCCUGUGUGCUCUGUGAGUGGUGGCGCAGACGGCAAAGCGGGAUUCACCAGGAGAGAGAGGGAUUAUCACACGGGACUGAAAUAAAAGUGGUGGAUAAAGUACAGGAAAGGGCACUAUUUGUCCAGCAGGACGCGAUUUUGGACUCAGCUGCUGUGCAGGACUUAUGAAUGGAGCAGUAACCUAUAAACUGUAAGAUGACCUUGUUAUAAAGCAGAGGCCAACCAUUAGCCGAGGAAACCAUCAGUCGUCAUCAUCAUCAUCAUCAUCUGUCCACUGAGUCACCUCCAUCCUCUCUUUGUCUUCUCACAUCCACCUUUUAUCCCUCCAUCCCUUUCCCCUCCUGAGGCCCCACCUUUUCUCUUCCUCGCCCAUCCCUCACCAUGUCCAUCGCCCUCAAGCAAGUCUUCAACAAGGACAAGACAUUCAGGCCCAAGCGCAAGUUCGAGCCAGGUACACAGCGCUUCGAGCUGCACAAGCGGGCUCAGGCGUCGCUCAGCUCGGGCGUGAACCUGCGGGCGGCCGUGCAGCUGCCCCCCGGUGAGGACCCCAACGACUGGGUGGCCGUCCAUGUGGUGGACUUCUUCAACCGCAUCAACCUGAUCUAUGGCACCGUGUGCGAGUUCUGCACAGAAAAGAGCUGCCCGGUGAUGUCAGGCGGCCCGCGGUUCGAGUAUCGCUGGCAGGACGAGCACAAGUACAAGAAGCCCACAGCAUUGCCGGCGCCGCAGUACAUGAACCUGCUGAUGGACUGGAUCGAAGUGCAGAUCAACAACGAGGACAUCUUUCCCACCAGCGUAGGAAUUCCGUUCCCCAAGAACUUCAUUCAGAUCUGUAAGAAAAUCCUGUGCCGGCUCUUCCGGGUCUUCGUGCACGUCUACAUCCACCACUUCGACCGCAUCAUCCUGAUGGGAGCCGAGGCCCACGUCAACACCUGCUACAAGCACUUUUACUACUUCUGCACCGAGCUCAACCUCAUAGACCGCAAGGAGCUGGAGCCACUGAAAGAGAUGACGUCACAGAUGUGUCUUUAGAGGCUGCGUAUCAGACCCUGUGGACCUGAAAAGCUCUCAGUUUGUCUCAGCCGGAGGACGUCACAGAUGAACAGAUGAACUCGGACAAUGUGAUGCUGAUGAAGUCUGACGUAAUGAGAAAGCGGGACGCAGAACGAAGCACCGAAGCACACUCACGUUGGCUCAGAGCAACAGCACCACCCGCUGGUGAGAAGUAGCACCUGCACACGUGCGGCGCUCGUCCUCCAGGUGGCAAUCUAAUGCAGUAAUAGGAUUAUGCACUACUUGAGAACUAUAACUAUGCAGUGUUGUGGGAGAGAGAUCUAUUUUGGAUGAGAACUAUAUUGUAAAGCUACUCACUGUCUAAUGACUGCAGAGGAUUAGUGGAUUUAACCCCUGGUGAACACUAAUAGUGUGUGUGUGUGCGCGUGUGUUUUACUUUAGUGAUUUAUGGUGUGUUCAGACUGCCAAAAGCUACGUUUCGGUUCCUUCUCUUGAGGUUCAAAUGCUCAGUGGGAUGAUUUUAAUGAAUUGUAAUAAUUUAGUCUUUACAGAUGAUUAUAAUGAUAAUGAUAAAGGAUCACACACUUUGCAUCCACAUUUUACUGUUAAUAGGUUUUAAAAUCAUGCUCCUCAUGGAUAAAUUUCUGCAUUUCUGACAUUUGGAAAUGCAGUAAUUGUGAGAGAUAGUGAGUGAGAGGAAGAUUAUAGAGUGUGUGUGUGUGUGUGUGUGUGUGUGUGCGCAGUGUUCAGACCACUUUACAUUCCUCUUGUCUGUGGACCAGCCCAGUAGUGACCACUAAUCAGCGUAAAGCCGACAACCAGAUCUAAUUCAAAUUUAAGUGUUUUAUUUUUUGUUUGUUUGUUUGUUUUUUAAUGAUUGCUUUUUUUUUUCCUCAAACGAGCUUCACGGGGCCUCAGCUCAGACCUGAUGUAAACUCCUUAAUUGAAUCCGUAAAGAGAAUUUUGGAUUUGUUUCCUAACAGCCGUUCUUGAUUUGUAAGAUUGCGCCUUAAGAUUUGGAAAAUGAUUUGAACACCACUCCACACGGUCAAGUUAAAAAAAAAAAAAGUCUCACAUGCUCAUAGUCACAGAAGUGCAGAUAUCUUCUUGAGAUCACAUAUGCAGCCUUAGCAAUAAGGGGUAUUUUUAGUGUUUGUUGUAACUGAGUGCACAAGUAUGUGUUUUUUUGGUACUCAAUGAUACACUGAUACUGAAAUGAGUAACCUGCUUAGUAACUCCUCAUGCUGAGUUUUAUGUUGAAGAUGCUAAGAUAUUUAAAUAGUAUAUUUUACAGAAAGUGAGAGGGGGGCUAAGCUAAGCAUGUAGGGCAGAAUCAGCGAGAGUAUUCAUUAAAAAUGAGCACAAGGUGCCAUGAAUUGCACUUUGACUCGUGAGAAAAGCGUAGAUGCUGGCAGGCAAGGGGAAAGGAAGCACGUGUGUCUCAGUGCUCAGUGCUCGCAGAAGUGAAGUGCUCUGUUGGUAUUUUCACACAGUUUGCAGUGCGCUUUGCUUCGAUUGCCAUCAUUAAUUGUGAAUUAUGUGUAGAUCACAGUCAUUUCGUGCCGUCUGGUCAUCAGUUCAGCAAUGUACACUAGACAUACGUCAAAUAGUACGAGUAUGAGUAAAUGAGCACGGUAUUGGGCCGAUACCUGAGAGCAGCAUGAGUAUCGAUGCAUCCCUAACAUAACCGUAUGCUAAAAUUAAUAGUGAAGCAACCAAAAUGAGAUUUCUGAAUUUAUAUAAAUGCAGAUUUUUUUUUCAAUUCCAGUGCUGUUUGUGAAUCUCUGCCAGGUUUUUUUUUU